AUGUCAUGUCCCCAUCUGUGUGGUAUUGCAGCAUUUCUUAAGAGCGCACACUUGAAUUGGUUUGCUGCCGCCAUUAAGUCAGUAAUGAUGAUUACUUCUCAUAUUGUGAAUCUCAAUAAUGCUCCCAUUGAAGACGAGAGAUUCCUUCCAGCCAACAAUUUUGCUAUCGGUUCUGGUCAUGUCAACCCUUCCAAAGCUUAUGAUCCUGGGUUGACUUACGACAACGAACUAGGAGACUACGUUCCUUCUCUGCGUGCAUUGGUUAAGAGUGCACACUCGAAUUGGUUUCCUACCGCCAUGACUACUUCUCAUAUUGCGAAUCUCAAUAAUGCUCCCAUUGAGGAUGAGAGAUUCCUUCCAGCCAACAAUUUUGCCGUCGGUUCUGGUCAUGUCAACCUUCCAAGGCUAAUGAUCCUGGGUUGA